AUGAAGCUCCAACACUCCCUCAAGGCCACUCUACUUGGCGCCUCACCAGCUCUCGCCUAUCCCCAAGCCAGAGCUACUGCUGACUUCAACUCCAAAUGUGCCGAUCUGGCCUCCACCCUUGACGUUGAAGGUGGUAUCGUUACCACUGCCCAGUUCGUCGCUGCUGGUACCAACUUUACUGUACCCGUUUACGACCCAACAUGUGGCGACGGAGCAGCAAGCCAACUCGUCGGGGCCGACUUGUGCCGUGUCGCACUCUACGUUUCCACUUCUGACCGAUCAGGAUUCAACAUGGAAGCCUGGCUGCCAUCCAACUGGACUGGCCGAUUCGUGGCCCAUGGUAACGGCGGUCUGAAUGGAUGCAUCAGUUAUAGAGACUUGGCCUACACAUCCCAGCUAGGUUUCGCCGCCAUAGGAACCAACAACGGCCACAACGGAACCAGCGGCUUGCCCUUCUACAAUAACCCCGACGUUGUAGAGGACUUUGCCUACCGAUCGCUCCGCAAUGGUGCUGCCGUCGGCAAGCAAAUCGUUGGCGACUUUUACGGAAAGCCACAGGACAAGUCCUACUAUCUUGGAUGUUCAACUGGUGGACGCCAAGGUUUCAAGAUGGCCCAAGAUUUUGCAGAUGAAUGGGAUGGCAUCCUUGCCGGAGCACCUGCAUUCUCCUUCAACAAUCUUACUUCGUGGUCCGGUCACUUUUACACGCUCACUGGUCCACGCGGCUCCCCGACGUGGGUCUCGGAGGCAAAGUGGGCGCAGGUUCAUGCUGACGUCUUGGCCCAAUGUGACAAGAUUGACAAUCUCCAAGACGGUAUUCUCGAAGAUCCGUUGCUUUGCAAGUAUGAUCCCUCGGGUCUGGCUUGCGCCGAUGGCAACAACUCUACCACCUGUCUGACUCCCGAUGAGCUCGCCACGGUGACCGCUGUUUACUCGCCACUUACCAACGACCAAGGCGAUUUGGUUUACCCGCGCCUGCAGCCUGGAGCCGAAAUCCUCGCCUCUUUUGUGCUCUUUGGCGGAAACCCUUUCCCUUACACUACUGAUUGGUUCCGCUAUGCCAUCUACAACGACCCUACUUGGGACCCUGCCACCUUGAGCUCUGAUGACUACAACAAUGCUGCACGCAUCAACCCCUUUGGUAUCGAGACGUUCAAGGGCGACCUUAGCAACGCACAGAAGAGCGGUACCAAGAUCCUCCACUGGCACGGCACCAGCGACUUCAUCAUCUCUAGCGAUAACAGCGCGAGGUACUACAACCAUGUCAGCUCCACCAUGGGCCUGCCACCCAAGAAGCUCGAUGAAUUUUACCGUUACUUCCAUGUCAGCGGCACCGGCCACUGCAGUGGAGGAGAUGGUGCCCAUGCUAUCGGUCAACAACUCGGCGAAGUCAAUGGCUACGACCCCGAACACAACGUUCUCAUGGCCUUGGUACAGUGGGUAGAAAAAGGCAAAGCCCCCGAAGCCCUCAUUGGUACCAAAUUCGUUAACGACACCGCCUCUCUCGGCGUUGAUUUCGAGCGCGCGCACUGCAAGUUCCCCAAGAGCAACCAAUACAAGGGCAAGGGAGACCCCAAGCUUGCCAAGAACUGGAAGUGCGUUGAUAUCAGGAGGGUGGAAUAA